UUGAUGCUUGGUAUUUUCAAAAUAAGAGAGCGACGUUUUGCUGGGCCACAAUCAGACUCUGUAUUACGUAUUUUAGCCUUGUCAUCAUUUCGCUAUGCUGUGACGCCGUCCGUUUUUAAGAAAUCCAGUCAGCGGGGGAUAGUAAAUGUCCGGAUAAACUCACAGACUUCUCAGCGAAUAUUUUUGAACGGCACAUUUGACGAGCAUGCGCAGAUGCGAGCGCCAGCUGUGCCCGCCUUACAAGGCGGCUGUUACCUUCUUAGCUAACAUCAUCUUUCAAGUUCCUGUUCUAGCAUAUUAACUUAAAAAAAAAUAAUAAAUAUCCAGCUGAACUAAUGACUUGGGAAAUAUACAUCAUAUCCUGAGAAAUUUUGACAUUGGCAAUGUUUCGCAGCAGCACAGAGGAGAUAGCAAAUACUGAUGCUUCAGAAAGUGGACAGACUUCAGAAGUUGACAGAAGUUCGGUUAAUGGACCCACUUCUUACAAUCCAGUGUCAGCUGUCCCAGGUUCUUCAAGUUUGGAUGGAGGCGGUACUCAUUACAGCAGUGGUCCAUUGCUUCCUCGCUCAGCUGCAGGCCAGUUCCCUCACAGCGUCCAGUUAGUAAGCACCAAUCCACCCCACCUUGCCUCAACCUCUGACAGCUCCUCCAUCCGCAACCGUGGAGGAAAGCCAAAACUCAGGAGGACCCCAGGUUCAGCAGGGGCCACACAUCGUGGACAGACACCACUAAGUGGUCACACUGCCGCGAGUAGUUGCUCCUCUGCAACCACAGCAUCUGGUGCAACUGUGAUUGUGGCAGUGGUUGAAGGUCGCGGUUUGGCCAGGGGAGAGAUUGGAAUGGCCAGUCUUAACGUGAAAUGUCCAGAGCUUGUACUCUCUCAGUUUGCAGACACUGGAACCUAUGCUAAGGUUAUAACCAAGUUGCACAUCUUGUUGCCAAUGGAGAUACUGAUGCUAGACACUGCAAGUGAGAAUGGAAAAGGGACAAAGCUGUUCAGCCUCAUUACUGAGAACUUCCAGGGUGUUGCUUUUACUGCAAUCCAAAGGAAAUAUUUUAAUGAGAAGAAAGGACUAGAGUACAUCCAGCAGCUUUGUGCUCCAGAAUUUAGCACUGUCCUCAUGGAAGUUCAAGCCAAAUAUUAUUGCCUAGCGUCUGCAGCUGCUUUGCUGAAGUAUUUAGAGUUCAUUCAGAACUCUGUGUAUGCUACCAAGUCGCUCAAAGUGAGCUUUAAAGGAAGCGAACAGACGGCCAUGAUCGACUCAGCAUCAGCCAUUAACCUGGAGCUGGUAGUCAAUAACAGAGACCACAGGAGCGACCAUACACUUUUAGGCGUCCUUAACCACACGAAAACGCCCGGCGGCGCCAGAAGGUUACGCUCUAAUAUUCUGGAACCUUUGGUCGAUGUGGACACCAUCAACAUACGCUUGGACGCCAUAGAGGAAAUGCUGCAGAAUGAAGAGCUGUUCUUUGGAUUAAAGAAUGCCUUAGGUCCUUUCCUUGAUAUUGACCAGCUGCUAUCUGUUCUGGUCCAGGUCCCUAAACAAGAAACAGUUCUGAUUGCAGAAGCCAAGAUUACACAUGUCAUUCAGCUGAAACACAUUUUGGAUCGAGUGCCACAGUUGAGGGUGGUGUUGAAGAACUGCAACACAGCUCUCCUGAAGGCCUACAGCACGUCAUUGGAGGACAACAGAUUUGACAUGAUCUUGAAGCAGAUCCUCACAGUCGUUAAUGAUGACACCACCUACCUGAAGGGGAGCCUCAACAUGCGCACACAGAAGUGCUACGCCGUGCGCCCCAACAUCAAUGAGUUCCUGGAUAUUGCCCGUCGAGUUUACACAGAAAUAGUGGAUGACAUUGCAGGAUUAGUGAACCAGACGGCGGAGAAGUAUGGUUUUCCCAUGCGCACCAGCUUUAGCACAGCUCGCGGUUUCUUCAUUCAGAUGAAACUGGAAGGAAUGUUCUUGCCUGAAGGGAAACUUCCUCCAGAGUUCAUCAAGGUCAACAGACACAAGGACAACUAUGGCUUUACAACCACAGACCUGAUGAAGAUGAAUGACCGCUGUGAUGAGGCCCUGAAGGAAAUCUUUCAUAUAUCCUAUGUGGUGAUAUGUCAACUGCUCAGCACAAUCCGUGAGCACAUCCACUGCCUUUACAAACUGUCUGAUGCAGUAUCUAUGCUGGAUAUGCUGCUGUCGCUGGCAAUCGCAUGCACCCUCUCAGACUAUGUUCGUCCAGAGUUCACAGACACACUCGCCAUUAAGCAAGGUCGUCACCCAAUUCUGGAGCGAAUGGCUGGACAACAGCUUGUAUCCAACAACUGCUAUGUCUCUGAGGGCAGCAACUUGGUCAUCAUCACUGGGCCCAAUAUGAGCGGGAAAUCCACGUAUCUGAAACAGGUGGCGCUGUGUCAGAUCAUGGCUCAGAUAGGUUCUUUUGUCCCUGCAGAAUAUGCCUCUUUUCGUGUCGCAGAUCAAAUCUUCACCAGAAUUGGCGUGGAUGACGAUUUUGAAACUAGCUCUUCCACAUUCAUGUUGGAAAUGAAGGAGAUCUCAUAUAUAAUCCACAAUGUUAGUGGCCGGUCUCUCAUCAUAAUUGAUGAGCUGGGGCGUGGAACCAGUGCUGAAGAAGGCAUCGGGAUUUGUCACUCAGUUUGUGAAUUUCUCCUCAACCUCAAGGCCUUCACUCUGUUUGCCACACACUAUCUUGAGCUGUGCCAACUGGAGUCUCUGUAUCCCAACGUGGAGAACCAGCAUAUGCAGGUUCAGCACAUUCGCGCUUGUGACUCGGGCGGCGAGAGUGUGGUGUACACGUACUUACUGAGUCAAGGAUGCUCUGAGAAGAGACACUACGGUCUCAAAGCAGCAGAAAUGACCUCACUGCCUUUAAGCAUAAUCCAGGAGGCAAAGAAAUUUGCCACCAAAGUCAGCAAGCAGCUUUUGGACAAACGUAAGAGCGAUCCGGAAAUAGAGAGGCAGCGUGCUCUAUACCGCUUGGCCACAAGUCUCCUGCAGACUGCCCGAAACUCCAGACUUGACCCGGCCAACCUGCGUAUGUAUCUAAAGGGCCUGAGGAGGCAGUAUGAGGCAGAGCUGGAGGCUGUAGGGCUGCCGGUAUCCAUGGACACUUAAAAGAGGAAUAUAAUAUUAGAGAUAAUGAACAUCUGGCCCAGACUCACAUCAGAGAGCAAGUCCAAGUGAGAAAAUUAAGUGUGUCUAUAGCUGACUUUUAUUGGACAUAAAUGCAUGUAAAGCAUGGUGUGACACAUGCUUUAAUGAAAAAUGAACAUUCAAAUGUUUAGUUUGCUAUUUACUGCUACUGUAUAGAUGACUGACAACAUUAAGGAAAUGUGUGGGAAUGUAAAUCAAAAGAGUUGUUACCAAGCUGGAAUGUCAAUUUAAAAAACUAUUUAUUUGAAUUAUUUGUAUUACUUUUCUUUUACAUUACUAUUGUUUUAUUUCAAGUAUAUGUUAUGUUUAAUUUUUAUUUAAUUAUUUAAA